AUGGCAGCCGUAGCAGCGACCACAUCUCAGGGCCAAGGUGUGGCUUUCGCCAACGGAGAUCCGAGAGGCCAUGCUCCAGUCUAUCCCAUUCCUGAUACAAAGAUUACCGCUCUGGAACACCCAAUGAUCAUCAAAGAUGUCGACAAAGCCAUACAGACCUUUGGCCGGAAUCCCAACCUCUCAUCCAUCAUCGACGACUCGGGGCCGCACGUCUCGGUCCCCUUGUAUCUGCGCUAUGAUAACCCAGUCACGCGGCCUAUUGUAUCGCACGCGGCUGCAUCACAUAAUGUCGUUCUCAAAGUCACUGUCCCCAAGAGGACAGGCAGGAAGCGAAAGCGAGGCUCUGAUGGUCCCUGGACCGGGCCAUCGAUCUCAAACGGCGAACAAACUCAAGCACCCCCACCUGGCCCGACUGUCACCUCGGUGUCUAGAAAUGACGACCCUCGACUUCUUCGGCGAAAGCUUGCGGACAAUGUCGGAAGCUACAGCGUCGAGUCCGUCGGUCUGAUCAAGCAGACCCACCGUUAUCGAGGACUGACGGACUUCCAGCAGUCCAUAACCAACGCCCCCUUCAUGUCUGAGUUCAUCAAUCAAGUUGUCCCCGGUGAUGUCACAAAACUGCGCAACUUCAAGUUCGGGUCGAGAACGACAUCACCCCCUCCAAACGUUGAGCUGCCACCUCCUCCCACAGUCACCAACAUCACACUGCCGUUUCCUUACUUCUACACACAAAACCCUCACGUACGCGAAGUCGCCGAUAAGGACGGCCUACCACGUAUCAUCAAUACUAGUGCUCUUCAGACCACCAGCGGGUACGUCCUGAAGUAUGAUCAUUACCCAGCACCUUCAGGGCCUUCGAGGCCACCGGAUCGAUCUGAUCCGCAGAUGGCAAUUGUGCUCGCAGAGAUCGAGAAAGCGAUGAACGCUCGACCCAUCUGGACACGCCGCGGCCUCAUCAACAGCCUUAGCGAUAUGGCAGGCGCAAACCAGAUUUCUGCCAAUCUUAUCAGGAAGGCAAUCCCGUUUGUCGGCUACCAGUUCAAGGGUGGUCCAUGGCGAGACUCUCUGGUCCGCUACGGCGUUGAUCCUAGGAAAGACCCCUCUUAUCGCAAGUACCAAACCCUCAUAUUCAAGCUGCGCUUCUCAGACACGGGUGGAUCUGGCCAGACCUGGCAGAGCAUCCGUGCAGCCGACGUCGGGGAGACGAAACGUGCGCCCACGGAUAACGACCGUGACGACAGCCACAUCUUUGACGGCAAAAGCUUCUGUCGCGAUGGCAAGGUCUGGCAGGUCUGCGACAUUACUGACCCGAUGCUGGCGGAGCUCUUCGCCAAUGCCGAGGUCCGCGAGACAGUCGACGAAUUCGGCAGCGGCUGGUAUCACCGUGGUCUCUGGGCCAAGGCCAAGGCGAUUAUGAAGCACAAGAUGAAGACGAUUCAUUUCGGCCGGAGUCUGAACCCAGAAGACUACCAGGCCGCCCUGAGGGUGCCGGAUCGCACGCCAGAGCCCGGCUCCAAGUCGAUCAGCAUCCCUCUGCCGGAUCUGAACUUGACCGAAGAAGAGACAAGGACAUACAACAUCCGCAAAUUUCACCACGGCCUCCACCAGCGACCCCGCGAUCGGACCGGGACUGCCUACCGUGUGCCCAUCCCCAAGGGAGGGGCGGAACAGAAGACCUCGCCUUCCGCGGCCGGUGCUUCCAGCGAAGGGGGUUCUGAGGUAGCCAGUCCCAGCACCGACGUGGCUGCAGAAGAUCGCCUGCCUACUGUGCUUGAAGAGGUUUCAGGUGAUGGAAAUGAUGACGACGGCAGUAGCAGCGAUGACGGCAGCACGACCAGCAGCAGCGGCGGCGAUGAGAGUGAUGAGGAUGGCCAAGAAUUAGAGCAGGAGAUGGAAGACGAGGAGGAGGAGGGGAUGGUUUUGGAGGAGGGAGGGGAGAAUGCGGAAGGAGAUGAAGAGGUUGUAGAUGAAGACGAGGAGGAGGAGGAGGAAGGUGAUGAAGAAGAUGAAGGGGACGAAGAAGACGAGGAAGACGAAGAUGAACAAGACUAUGACGAGGAUGAGGACAUGGAGGGCGGCAGAGACGAGUACGGGAAUGAUCAGUACGAGGAAGAAGGAUUCUCUAGCGGAGGUGAGUACGCAUAA